GAGUGCUGGUGGUGUGUCGAUCGAGCUAUUCGUGCAUAAGUAUGCUUCUAGGGUUUUAGUAAAGGCCGCGGCGAGGAAAUCAUUGCGGUAUAAUGUCCAUGCCGUGCGCCGGAGCUUCGGGAUAGACUCGAAUGUCAGCGAUAGGCUGACGACUCGUACUCCAGUAGCCGCGCGUGAAAACUCUACUAGUUAUACGAUUGAUACGAACAUCUUCCAGCUCCAUUUAAAAUUAUCCUCAUUUUACAGUGUUCCUUCAAGGAAAACAAGAUGUAUCAUACCAGCAGUCAGUUGAGGGAAUGGACAUUUCAAUCCCAAGAAGAAUUGAAUGAGAAACGGGCAGCUUCCAACCGAAGAUACAGGGAGGAGCAUCAAGCCAAAUCUGAGGGUAAAGAUCCAGCCACUUUCUUCCUGAGUGAAGCAGAGGAGAGGACACUUUGUGAAUCCUACGAGUUUCUUCUCAGAGCUUUCUGUAAGAAGUUUCAGCCCCCUGUGCCUCCUGCUGUUGUGGGAACAUCAUGUGCCUACUUCAAGAGGUUCUACAUUUACAACACGGCAAUGGACUACCAUCCCAAAUACAUCAUGUUGACGUGUGUGUACCUGGCGUGCAAGGUGGAGGAGUUCAAUGUCUCCAUCUCACAGUUCUGUGGCAACCUUCAACCCGAGGAACAGGAGAAGAUGGCGGAGUUGAUCCUGAGUCACGAGCUGCUAGUCAUGCAGCAGCUUAACUAUCAGCUGACUAUUCACAAUCCAUACAGACCCAUGGAGGGCCUCUUCAUUGACAUAAAGACAAGGUUUCCAGCAAUGAAGCAACCAGAGCUGCUGAGGAAAGGAGCUGAAGAGUUUAUCAAUAGAUCUCUAGCUACCAAUGCAUGUUUACUUUGUUCUCCAUCGCAGAUUGCUCUUGCAGCCCUUGUAUCGAGUUCUGCAAGACAAGACACAAACAUUGAUAAGUAUGUGACUGAUUAUCUGAUGAGGGGUAGAGAUAAUCCCAAGGAUCUGCCAGAUAUAGUCAACACAAUCAAACAUAUAAGACAGUUAGUAAGAAAAAUGCCUCAGCUCAACCCAGAGGCUGCCAAACAACUGGAGAGGAAGCUUGAGAAGUGUCGCAAUGAUGAACUUAACCCAGAGAGCCAUGUAUACAAGAAGAGGUUACAGGACCAACUGAAUGCAGACGAUGAAGAAAUCUAUGUAAAACAUCAACUAGAUGCAGAGGAAACAAGGAGAAAAGAAAAGGAACUGCUGAUGAGUGUAUGACCUAUCGUCCCUCCCUUCCUUCCUCCCUCUCAGCUCUGACUUCAAAACUGGAGAAAGAAGCACAAUGUGAAGAUCAAGAAGAAAUAAUGGUUUGUUGUAGAACCGUGAUCCAAUAGCUGGUUGCUUUAAUAUCUCGACAAGUACUUUGUUCCUGCUUCCUAUGUUUAUUUGGAUCAGGAAUGUCCAUGUAGGAUGGUAAAGGACCAAUAAGAGAUAUGGAACAAAGUGGAAGACAAUCUUUGAACCCAGUACACUCUGUCUAAAGGAAAAGUCUGUGGAUUGAGUGGCAGCUGUGACACUUACAUACUAUUUUAUUCUACGAUACCAUUAUCCAGCACUAAAUUGGUAUUUUUGAGGGUUGCCAAGACUAAGAGUCAUUGUGACUUCCUUUUUCCACAUGCCUGCAUGUGAAUACUGUGAGUGGUGGCAGGAAUACUCCCAGGGAGUGGAGAUGGUGCACACUGUGUGCUGGCUUGAAAUCCAAUCACCAAGGAAAACAAUAACAGGGUAAAGCACAUUGGAGGUUACCACGUGAUGCACACUGAAGAUGUAAAUAAUACUAAUUAGGGCAGAAUCCAUAUAUGACAGUGAGAAUAACACGGACGUCACCACACGUUUGAUCGUCUUAGUUUAGCAUCAUCUCCAAGGUACUUCAUGGUUCUUCAAGAUCUUCAGAGGAAGUUCUGUUAUUAUUCUCAUCAUCCUUCCCUUUUGAAGGACUUUGAAUUCUGAGCAGACCGGCUUAUAAUAUUUAUAAGAUUGACAUAUUUGCUUAUUU